GGCCGCCAGGCUGGCUGCUGUCAGAACCGAGAGAACAGCAGACGCGGGCAAGGGCACACGGAAAAGGGGCACCUUGUGUCCUGCUGGUGGGAAUGCAAAGUCCCGCAGCCAUGUGGAGGUCCAGAGAGGUUUUGCCUGGCAUUCUGCAGAAGCAUUGCUGUAUCUUACCAGACAGGAAUACAGAAUCCCAGUGCACCCUCUGCGGGGAGCCGGAAGAGGAAGAGGGCGGGGACCUGGUCCAGCCGGGCAUCAGCUUUCCGGGGCCGGCAGAGGAGGAUCUAGACCAGCAGUACUCAUGGUCCCCGACGCAGCACUUCAAUGAGGGAAGGUACUCGCCGGCUCCCAGGAACAUGAAGGGGCUGCCGGGGGGCCGGGCCCCAGCCCCGCUGUGCUCCGCCCACACCUGCGGCCUCGCAGGCCCCGAGGACUGCGAGCGUGCGCACGACCACCUGCACCAUGUGCAGGAGGCCAGGCAGCCCUACCUGCUCAGCCCGGUGGACGGCUGCCCCCUGGACCACCACCGCUGCUCCCCCGGCAGCUCCGUGCACUCGGAGUGCGUGAUGAUGCCCGUGGUGCUGGGCGACCACGUGUCCAGCAGCACCUUCCCCAGGAUGCACUACAGCUCCCACUACGACACGAGAGACGACUGCGCUGUGUCGCACGCCGGCGCCAGGGCCAACCGCAUCCCCGCCAACCUCCUGGACCAGUUCGAGAAGCAGGGGCCUCUGCACAGGGACGGGUUCCACACGCUGCAGUACCAGAGGACGUCCGCGGCCGCGGGGCAGCGCGGCGAGAGCCCGGGCAGGAUACGGCACCUCGUGCACUCCGUGCAGAAACUCUUCACCAAGUCGCACUCGCUCGAGGGCCCCUCCAAGGGCCACGUCAACGGGACCAAGGGCGACGGCCGGGCGGAGGACCACCACCACACCCACCACCCCAAGCACGGCAAGAGGAGUAAAAGCAAGGAGCGGAAGCCCGACGGCAAGCCCCGGUCGGGCGCCAGCAGCUGGUGGAGCUCCGACGACAACCUGGACAGUGACAGCACCUGCCGCACGUCCAGCGUGGUCAACAGGCACCACGUGGACCACGUCUCCCACUGCUACCCCGAGGUGCUCCCGGGCCCCUUCGGGGACCUGUCCCUGAAGACGUCCAAGAGCAACAGCGACGUCAAGUGCUCGGCCUGCGAGGGCCUGACCAUGACGCCCGACACCAAGUACAUGAAGCGGAGCUCCUGGUCCACGCUCACCGUGAGCCAGGCCAAGGAGGCCUACCGCAAGAGCUCGCUGAACCUGGACAAGCCUCUGCUCCCCCAGGACACCAAGCCCGCCCUGAGGCCGUGCCACUACCUGCAGGUGCCUCAGGACGAGUGGGGGGGGUGCCCCACGGGCGGCAAGGACGAGGAGAUCCCCUGCCGGAGAAUGAGGAGUGGGAGCUACAUCAAAGCCAUGGGCGACGAGGAGAGUGCGGAGUCCGACUCCAGCCCCAAGACGUCACCCACGGCGGCCAUGCGGCCGGAGCCCCUGCUCAAGCCCAUCGGACCGAGGCCACUGGCGGAUCUCCAAACCCAGAGCUACCUGCAAGCCGCAAGGGACGUGUCUGCUGCGCACAGCCUGGACCCCUCUGCCAAGUACAACUCCCCGAAAUUCCGCUCCCGGAACCAGAGCUACAUGAGAGCCGUCAGCACCCUGAGUCAGGCCAGCUGUGUGAGCCAGAUGAGCGAGGCAGAGAUGAACGGGCAGUUCGAGUCGGUGUGUGAAUCUGUCUUCAGUGAAGUCGAGUCCCAGGCCAUGGACGCCCUGGACCUUCCCGGAUGCUUCCGGACACGCAGCCACAGUUACCUCCGAGCCAUCCAAGCUGGUUACUCCCAGGACGACGAAUGUAUUCCCGUGAUGACGCCCUCCAACACCACCCCAACUGUCAGGUCCACAGCAGCCGUGUCGUACGCGAAUUACAAGAAGACCCCGCCGCCCGUGCCCCCGCGCACCACGUCCAAGCCCCUGAUCUCGGUGACGGCGCAGAGUAGCACGGAGUCCACCCAGGACGCCUACCAGGACAGCCGCGCCCAGAGGGCGUCCCCGUGGCCCCAGGAUGGCCGCGGCCUCUACAACUCCACGGACAGUCUGGACAGCAACAAGGCCAUGAGCCUCGCCCUGGAGACGGCCGCGGCCCAGCGCCUCGCUGCCGAGGGCCAGAGCGGCUCCACGCGGACCAGCGACAAGGCUGUCCUGGUGUCCAAGGCGGAGGACUUCCUCAAGAGCCGGCGCUCCUCCAUCGGGAUCCAGGAUUCUGAAUUCCCAGAACAUCAGCCAUACCCAAGGUCAGAUGUGGAAACAGCCACAGAUUCGGACACGGAGAGCCGAGGCCUGCGGGAAUACCACUCUGUCGGCGUCCAGGUGGAAGAUGAGAAGAGACAUGGACGUUUUAAGCGCUCGAACAGCGUGACAGCCGCCGUCCAAGCAGACUUGGAGCUGGAGGGCUUCCCGGGACGCGUCACCAUGGAGGACAAGGGCCUGCAGUUUGGUCCCGCCUUCCAGCGGCACUCGGAGCCCAGCACGCCCACCCAGUACGGGGCGGUCAGGACUGUCCGGACCCAGGGGGUCUUUAGUUACAGAGAGGACUACAGGGCGCCCGUGGACACUGCCACCCUGCCCCCUCCCGAGCCCUGGCUGGAGCCGUGCGUCGAGACGGCAGACACCGGGAGGAUGUCUCCGUGCCGCAGGGACGGCUCGUGGUUUGUGAAGCUGCUACACACGGAGACCAAGAGGAUGGAAGGCUGGUGUAAGGACAUGGAGAGAGAGGCAGAGGAGAAUGACCUCUCGGAGGAAAUUCUCGGGAAGAUCCGGAGUGCCGUGGGGAGUGCACAGCUUCUGAUGUCCCAGAAAUUCCAGCAGUUCUAUUGGCUGUGCCAACAGAACAUGGACCCCAGCGCCAUGCCGAGACCCACGUCCCAGGACCUGGCGGGCUACUGGGACAUGCUGCAGCUCUCCGUCGAGGACGUCAGCAUGAAGUUUGACGAGCUGCACCAGCUGAAGCUCAAAGACUGGAAGAUAAUAGAGUCUCCGGAGAGAAAGGAAGAAAGAAAGGUCCCCCCUCCAAUACCAAAGAAGCCCCCCAGAGGGAAAUUUCCUGUCACGAGAGAAAAGUCCCUGGACCUGCCGGACAGACAGCGUCAAGAAGCCCGGAGGCGGCUCAUGGCUGCCAAGCGGGCCGCCUCCUUCCGCCAGAAUUCGGCCUCGGAGCGCGCAGACAGCAUAGAGAUCUACAUCCCGGAGGCCCAGACGCGGCUCUAGGGGCACCUUUGCCCUCUUUUCUUUUUAACAAGAUGCGUGUACAGUUUCUCACCCACCCGCUAAUUUUAGUCUCAUUUCUCCACCGAAUACACCCUGUUGUGUUCUCUGUGCCAUAGACACACCGGAAUGCGUUCAUUUCUGCCGUGCGCCGAGCCCCGGCCA